AUGUCGGCGAAAGAUUACAGUGUGGCAGAGGCCAACCCGCCGAGAUACCACACAGACGAUGUCGACAGCAAAGAGCACGCGGUGAUCACACAGCCCGUCGAUGCCUCCCUCAAUGACAAGGAGGCCAAAGCUCUCGGCGACCGGGUCCUUCGCGAUAGUAAUGGUCAAGUCAUCGAGUUCGACGCCGCGAUGGAACGCAAGUUGGUACGCAAAAUCGACCUGUUCGUCGUCCCAACGGUGGCUCUGCUCUACCUGUUCUGCUUCAUCGACGUGAGUGACACUUCCCCGUACUGUUGCUCACCCCAGCGAGCCAACAUUGGCAACGCCCGCCUCGCUGGCAUGGAGAAAAGCCUCAAUCUCCACGGGUACCAAUAUAACCUGCUCCUCACGGUAUUCUACGUGUCGUACAUAGUCUUCGAAAUCCCGUCCAACAUCCUGUGCAAGUACCUUGGUCCGGCGCGAUGGCUGCCAUUCAUCUCGUUUGGCUUUGGGCUCAUGUCGCUGUGCACGGCAUUCGUGACAAACUUUUCCAACGCCGCCGCCGUACGUUUCCUCCUCGGCGUGUUCGAAGCCGGCCUGCUGCCCGGAAUCGCCUACUACCUGUCGCGGUGGUACCGCAAGUCGGAGCUCAGCUUCCGCCUCGCGCUCUACCUCUUCACUGCGCCGUGUGCCGGCGCAUUUGGCGGUCUCCUCGCGUCUGGCAUCCUCAAGAUCAAGUCGAUUGGUCGGGUGCACAGCUGGCAGAACAUCUUCCUAAUCGAAGGCAUCAUCACCUGUGGCAUAUCUCUCAUCGCAUUCUUCACAAUGCCAGGCCACCCGGCGACAGCCCGCUUCCUGUCCCCAUUCGAGCGCGAACUGGCCAUGGCACGCGUCAAGGCCGAAAACGUCGGCUCUACCAAAGUCGUUGACAAGUUUGACCGCAAGAAACUGCUCCGCGGCAUCAUCAACCCCAACACGCUGGCCGUGUCGUGGAUGUUCCUGUUCGUGAACAUUACCGUUCAAGGCAUUGCCUUCUUCACCCCGACGAUCAUCGCCACGAUUUACCCACACGCCAGCACGAUUAGGAAGCAGCUGUACACUGUCCCUCCGUACGUUGUCGGCGCCGUCGUCAACCUCAUCGUCCCGUUCAUCUCGGUGAAAACCAACAAGAGGCUUCCUCUGUUCAUUGGCUCUUCGUGCCUGUGCAUCAUCGGCUACAUCAUCUUCCUGGCCACGGCAAACCCGCACGCACGUUACGGUGCAGUCUUUCUCGCUGUCAGCGGGGCAUUCCCAUUCGGCCCGUUGUGCAAUGGGCAAGUCGCCAUCAACAUUUUGUCCGACACUGGUCGCUCGACUGGCAUCGGAUGGAAUGUAAUGGUUGGGAACAUCGGCGGCCUCAUCAGCACCUGGUCCUACCUGCCGACGGACAGUCCAAACUAUCACAUUGGCAACGGCCUCAACCUCGCAGGCAACAGCACCAUCCUCAUCACGAGCAUCUGCCUCCUGCUUUGGCUACAAUGGGACAAUAAGCGCCGCGACCGCGCCGACAACACGGGGCAGCUCGAAGGGUUGACCGAGGAGGAGAUUGAGGAUCUCGACUGGAAGCACCCGUCGUGGCGCUGGUAUCUGUAG